UAGGCCCUAAAGAGCGGCAAAGGCGAAAAACGCCCCCCAACCCCGAGUCCUCGUUGGCUCCGCGUUUGGAACGUAAGAAGGGGUGUCGGCGCAGGCUGCGAACGGAGGGAGUUCCUCAGUAUGAACUCAGCCCAAAUAUUUCUGCUGCAGUAAGAUGUCUUCAGCACCACAGCCUCCAGAUGUUCAGCAUGAAGCACCCAAAGAGAAAGAUUAUCGAACGCCGGGACUCCGAGGUGUCCGAACUACUACUUUGUUCCGUGCGGUGAACCCAGAACUUUUCAUUAAACCUAACAAAGCAGUUAUGGCUUUUGGCCUUGUGGCAGUUACCCUUUGUGUAGCUUACGUUGGGUACUUGCAUGCACAAGAAGAAAACAAAAAGGAUCUCUAUGAAGCUAUUGACAGCGAAGGAAAUAGACUUAUGAAACGUAAGACCUCUAAAUGGGACUAAAGAAACUGACUGUAAAUAUUGGUUUAAAUAUCAACAUGAAAAGAGACAUUGGGUUUUCUGAAUUGCGACUUUCAGGAUUUUGUCUGGAGAAUCAACAUUUAUUUUUAUGCAAUAGUAAAUGCUUUUUUUUGAAAUAUUGACCAGUUUAAAUAUCUGUAUGGAAUGCUAUAAUCUAUUAAUAUUUUGAAUAAAGCAGCAUUAUAAAGAAA